AUGGCUGUAGCAGCAGUGAAAUGGGUGAUAUCAAAGAGAGCUAUCUUGAAACAUUUAUUUCCAACCCAAAACAGAGCUUUAUAUUGUGUUUGUCAUAAAUCUACAAAUUCUUCUCUACCAGAUGACUAUAAUUGCAGAGUGGAGCUUGCUUUGACAUCUGAUGGCAGGACAAUAGUAUGCUACCACCCUUCUGUGGACAUUACAUAUGAACACAGAAAACUUAUCCCUCGACCAGAUCCUGUGCAUGAUAAUGCAGAAACACAUAAUCACGUGCUGAAAACCAGAUUAGCAGAAAAAAGUAAAAACCUUGAGCAAGGACCCAUGAUAGAACUUAGCAAAACAUUCUUUACUACUAAGCACUGUUGGUAUCCUCGUGCACAGUAUCACAAAAAUAAAAAUAAACUGAAUCCUCCAAAGGACAGACAAUAUUGUGGUUCUCCAGGGAAUCAGAGAGAAAUGUGCCUCCUUUGCCAUUUGAGAAAAUGUAACCUGUGCGUCAGUCGGGGCACUUGGCCUGACAAGGUGAACAAGUCUGAGGCUGGCAUGCUGCUGACUGGUGUUGCAACUUGUGAUUGUCAUCAGGCCCUAGAGCCCUUUCUUGUUGGCCCAGCUCCUCGGGCGCCCGCGGCCUCGUGCGUCACCGGCGCGGGCGGGGGCCGAGAGGAGGGGGGCGCCGCAAGGUGA